UUGAAAUAGUUGGUCACCCAGUGGUUAACGUGUUUCGUGCCCACACGGUAAAUCCAGUCCCAAGUGCUAGAUAAAAUAGUAUACACGUUAUACAUAUUCUCAUCGUUUCAUCAUAUACCAAGUGAUCGAAAACUUGAUCUAAGAUCUAACUUGGGAGCUUGAUGAUUUUGUAAUACCCGUGAUCCAUUAUGAAUCCUUGGGAUUCCAUUGUCACUUGAUGUUCGUUUAUUCAUACAAAAAUCAAAAUUGAAUAAAUUAAAAUGAUCAUGGGCUAACGGGGUGGGAAAUAUCAGUGGUGAGACUGGACUUAAAUAAUUCAAUACAUAGUUUAGUGAUUGUUGAUUGUGAACAAGUGUACGAGAGAGUGAAUCGUGUCCACAUCAUCCUGAGAUAUCUCAUCAGAUCGAGGUAUCGAAACAUCCAGAAGUGCCUGUGUGGCCCAAGAAAAUGAGGAAAUCCCGAGGAAGUGCCAGACACCCUUAGAAAUCCUCGUCAAUAUCAUCAAGAGAAUCUCAAAAAUUAUGAUGAUAUUUCUCUCGCCGAAGGAAAAUUCUUAACUCUUUGAAUCCCGCAAGAAAUCAUCCUAAAACAGCGACUGGCCCAGUAAAAAUGUCUUCGACAUUCGGUAAAAGCACCUCAGCCCAGGUCCUAAUGAAUAAAGGUAAGCAAGGAGCAGCGGCAUACAUCCUAGCGGAAUGCCGAAGCCGUUCUCACAAGCAACUGGACGACCUGCUAGACAUCCUCCUUACCCCAGGAAAACCAAUAGAUGACUGGGGGACGAUCGAUUGGUGCAAGUGGUUAAUGGCGGGUGGACGAACCCCCGACGAAUUCUCGACAACAGUAAUAGAGUACGACAAUGCCACUACUUGCGGCCUCGUCUGGACCCCAAAUUUCGUGGCCUAUCGGUGUCGAACGUGCGGUAUAUCCCCCUGCAUGGCCCUCUGCACAGACUGUUUCAAACGAGGUAAUCACUACCGCCACGACUUCAACAUGUUCCUGAGCCAGGCAGGCGGUGCUUGUGAUUGUGGCGAUACAAAUGUCAUGAAAGAGUCUGGCUUUUGUGAUAAACACGGCCCCAAUGCAGCUGUCAACAAACCCCCAGCCCCCUCAGACCUCAUGUUCGUGGCUGAGGCAAUGAUGCCCAGGAUAAUUCUCAGACUGAUUCAACAUUUACGAGAGAACUGCAAGGCUGGUGCUGACUACAGAAAUGCCAUCCAAAGUGCUGAUGCAUACCUCAAGAUGUUGCUUGACUUCAACGACAUGGGUGCGUUGAUGAGAAGAGUCAUGACAUCAGCCCUGACAAAUCCCCAGAAGUACAGGAGCUUAAUGGAUCCCGGGAAAACGUCAUCCUCAUCCUCUUCAUCGUCAUCAUCGUCCUCAUCCUCUUCAGCCACAUCUGGUGGGCAAUCUGAGUACGACGCCUACUGCCAGGAAAGCCACGUUAUCUACCAGGAUGCGAUAAAAUCGUUGCCAAAUCCAGAACCCCCUGACGAGUACAAGGACUGUCCGUCCCUCCAGGAGGACCUGGUACACACGACCUUCUUGGAAGAGCUCAUGUUCUGGACGGUGGCUUAUGAAUUUCCCCAGAAACUGGUGUGCCUUCUACUCAGCUUGCUACCAGAUCCUGAUUACAAAGAAUCGUUAACACGAGCCUUCGUCCUUCAUUACAGCAGAAUAGCCAUGAUGCUGGAGAGAUCGAUAGAUCCUGAAACAUUGAGUAACUCCGUUGUCCACGUGUCUGUCCAGCUAUUCAGUAACAAUGGCCUCGCUGUCCGAAUGGUGGAUGAACUAAAGCUCCUUCAUGUUAUGGUUAUCAGUCUCAAGUACAUGAUGAGCAGAAUCCUGGUGGAGAACACUCUUCAUGCAGCCAACAAGAACUUUCAUUACGUUGUUGACUGUGCACGUCAGGUGAUGAAAGAGCACUGCUACUGGCCCUUGGUAUCCGACUUGAACAAUGUCUUGUCUCACAAGCCAGUGGCCGUCCGUUUCCUCACAGAUGACACACUCCUAGAAAUGUGGUUUGAUUUUCUCUCAAUGUUCCAAGGGAUGAAUGUGAACCAACGAGAGAUGGGUGCUCACGUGGAGUUUGAACCCACGACAUACUACGCAGCCUUCAGCGCAGAGUUAGAGGCCAGUGCGUAUCCCAUGUGGGCGUUGGUAUCUCACCUGAAAGGUCCCGAGAGUGCAUCAGUGAGCAGAAGGGCCUUGUCCUUUUGCCUGACAGCAUUGCAAGACUGGCUGGACGCCAUCGGCUUCACCAGCCCUGACGUCUGCGACGUUCUCCACGUGUCCUUUCACAUCCCCCUCCAUCGUUAUCUCGCAGUGUUCAUGUGCCAAGCUGUCCGACAACAGGGGAUUACCCUCCAGGAGCUUCUUCCUCCCACCGACAUGCUUCACCUGCUGAUGAUGCAUCCUCUGAGAAUUCAAGUCGCCCUGUACGAGAUACUCAAUGGCUUGUGGGUACGAAAUGGUCUUCAGAUUAAGGGACAAGCGAUGACUUACAUCCAGUGCAAUUUCUGUAAUUCUAUGGUUGACGCUGAUCUCUAUCUGUUGCAAAUUUGUGCUACUAAGUUACAGCCCGAUGUCUUCAUCAAUGCCGUCAUCGAUAAGUUCCAUGUGAAAGUGUGGCUAAGCCUUCGGUCCAUGAGAUCUCGUCAGAAUAGUCUACUGACCGGUGAACACGACACAGCCAUGAUGGAGAGCUGUCUUAUAUUUCUAGCAACUUUGAUAAACGUCAGAACUAAUCUCGGCUUGUCUGACUCUCAAGUGUCUCAUCUGGAGAUGGUGACCCUCCUCUGCAUGGGGGAUAAGACCCACAGUCAACUGAUAGAGCUCAUGCCCGAGAGAUGUGGUACUACUCCUAACAGAGAUUUCGAAGCAGUUCUCGCUGAAGUUGCUCAGUACAGGGCACCUAAUCUAGAAGGGAAUGGAAUAAUGCAGCAGGGAAUGUACGGCCCCAAAUCUCGAGUCUGGGAUGAGAUGUACGAUCCCCUGCACGUUCUCCUGCGUGCAGUUCACCGACGGGACUAUCAAGUCUCUAUGGACAGAUUCACUGAGUAUGUGACCUCGAAAAAUUCCGGGAAUUCGAUCAAGAAGAACAACAGCGCAACUCUUUGGCCGCCCUUUAGAUACCCAGCUCCAGUGUCUCAGGAUUAUGAUGAUCCCAGAAUCGUCUUAAGAACAAGGAUAUUCCACGCCAUGAUCUACUCCGUGCUUUACAAAGCUGUUAACGAUCCAAAUAUCUCCGAACACAUGAUGGCGUUGGCUAUCUAUCUUCUUGAAAUGGCUGUUGUCACCGCUGAAGUGCCCACCGAGCAAGUCAGUCCCAUCUGUCCAUACACUGGCUAUUCAGGAUCAGCCAGUGUCUCCUGUUCAGUUAAGGACAUGGACUUUGGGAGUUGGUAUGAGACUGACAGCCUCAUUCAGAAUCUCCAGACGUUUAUACCUAGAACGAGCCUCGUAGAGAGCAGCUCUGACUUUAUGAACACCGAGGGAGGAUCUGAAUGGGACAUAGGGUCUGACAUAAUCGAGGGCUCGCUGAUGCUGAAUGAUGAAUUUGAGGUUGAAAUUGGUGAGCCUGCAGAAGUCUGGGACUUGGACCUACUUGAGGAGUUAGCUGGUGAAGGAGCGAGGGGAAGGCCGACAGGAACGACAGACCCUGAUUACAAUGAACACAGGAAUAUUCAGCAGAUAAUGGCGCCAGUGGAGACUCCUGCACUACCAGCUCUGCUACCAUCGAAUAAUUGGGAUUUGUCUAUCGUUCCUAAUGAACGGUAUCAAAUUCGUGAGGAAGGGGAUGGACAGGAGGCAGGUAAUCAAAAUCCAUCGGAGAAUAUGCCAAUGCCGAUUCGCCAGAGAGCAUUACCACGACCUCCAGCCUCGUUAAUGCAAACGAUAUCAUCGGAUUUGGAUGCAGGAGCUGUGGUACCCGUGAACCCGGCACAGAGACCUCUGAUGACCACUGCAGCUGGAAAUAGUGAGGUUGAUCUACUUAGAGUGAUCAUUCCGAGACUUGGAGCUUCUAGGAUAAUGGUACCCACGACCAAUACGAGCACUACCUCCUCCGGAAUAUCGUCUCCAGGAUCGAGUGUCAGGGAUAUCGUACCCUCUACGAGUUCAUCGCAUUAUCAGCAACAGUCAUACCCUUCUUCACGCGAGAUGUUGUCCAAGUCUGGAGAGAGUAUAAUUUCUCUGCUACUCAAGCUUCAUUCUCAGUUGUCUGGGACUCCUGACAGCUGGAAUCCCGAUGAAUCAUCGAAUAGUGGAAUUAGAACGAGUGAACCCUCGAGUUCAACAUCGACAGCCGAUUCAUUUGAAUCGAGAAUCGGUGAUGGCCCGUACUUCAUAGGACAGCUACUCCGAAAGAUCUCAAAUUUAGAUGAAAAUCUCAAACUGAAUAUUAAUGAAACUAGGAACAAAUUGUGGCCAAGGACGAAGGAGUGUGAGGACGCCCAACGAGAAGUGGAGCAUCGUGAUCGUGAGGAGAGGAGGAAGAAGGCGAAGGAACGGCAGCAGAAGUUGAUGGCAGAAUUCGCCAAUAAGCAGAAACAAUUCAUGAAAAAAGCAAUGGAGACUGAGGACGCGUCGACAUCAGGAAUGGACUGGGACCAGUCGGAUCCUUCAUCAACGACUAAUGUCACCAGCAAGAAGGAAUACGACUGUGUUAUCUGCAACCAAACGACACCGAGCACUGAGGAGAAGCCAAUGGGUCUGGUGGUUCUGGUGCAAUCGACGAGUGUUGUCGGUCAUGAGAGACAGCAGUCAGGGGGAGUCUCACUUCCCACAUGUGAUGAAGAUCCUCGAGUGCCGAAGGACAAUACCAGGACAGCUCACUUUAACUUGCGUCUAGACGAGAUGCAUCGCCACUUCGAUACGUCCUCUUGGUUAUUGUCCUGCAACAUUGGAUGGGAAGGAGGAGUGCACGUGCAGACAUGCGGCCAUCACCUCCAUCUAGACUGCCUCAACCCUUAUCGACAGUCGUUGCGUAAUCAACCGAGACAGCAGAGUCUGGCUGUCAAUCGAGGGGAAUAUCUCUGCCCCCUGUGUCGUCAACUCGCCAACUCUGUCCUACCCAUGUCUCCACAGCUAGGUGAAUCCUGCUCAGUAGUAAAAUCGAGGCAUUCUUCCCCAACAACUAUUUUGGAGGACAUAAACAAUUUUCUGAUGGAAUCACAACGAAACCCAGUUCCUUCGAAUUUGUCUGAAGCCAUGGGGAAGGCGAUGGAGGAGAUAACCGCUGCAACUUACUUGAAAUAUAAGCAGAAAAAUAGUGAUCAUCAGUAUCGUCACCAGAGCCUGUUCCUGUUUAUUACCUCAGUGGCUCGAACUAAUUUCGAAGUGGAACUUGUACAGCACGGUGGGAAGUUGUAUCCUUCCCCUCAGUCAACAAAUUUGUCUUUAGCUCCCAAACGUGAUUGCAUAGUAGCUCUUCUUCACGUUCUGACGGUUCACGCAAGGCUGCUGGUUCACUGGCCUGUCCAUGACACCUGGCAACAGCUGUGUGGACUGCCUCCUGAUAAUAGUUCGCCACUGGCUCUAGCCCCACAUGAAAGGGAGGUUCCUCUCUUGCUGAAAGAUCCAACAACUCUAUUAAUUCAGUUCAUCCUUCUGCUCCCCCUUCACAUCGACCAGACUUACUUCGCUGUUGUUGUCAAAGUUAUCUAUAAUUUGUUGUAUUAUCAAGUUGUCUUGCAAGUUAGCUGCAAUUUACCCCCCGAUGUGAGAGAAGCUAUUCUGUUGGAGAUGAACUCUGGUGUUUGCGAUAGAAGACUCUCCUCAGACACUGUCAUGAGGAAUGUGAUAGAACAUUUCAGUUCCAGGGACUUCUACCAAGAUGAUGUUACCUCCAGACCAGUCCAUGGUGAUUAUGAGGUACUUAUUCAAACCCUCUGCCUACCUUUUCUGAGGGUCGCUGCUCUGUUGAGACAUCAUCUCUACUCCCAGCCGCUCCCACAGGAGCAGACUAGAAAGCCUCAGACUGAGUUCUUCAGACUCGUUAAUUACCUUCAAUUGGUGAGUGAUGACGAUGAUGAGUCUGGCUUCAGUGGUGCUGCUGCUCUCAACUGGCAGGACAACGAGGCUGGAUUCAGAGUACCCAGACUCUGGUGCGAUCAGUUUCUUGAUUUUCACCGGAGAAGUCAAAUUGCAGCGAAGAAGCUGAUUGUUAAUCACUACGUUUCUUGGCAAGCGCCAAAGUUCCUCAGUCUUCCAAAGGAGUAUGAAAAAUUGUUUACUUAUUAUCAUGAAAAGGCGUGCCACAAGUGUCAGAAGGUGCCGCCGGAGAUUAGUAUUUGUUUACUGUGCGGGGCUAUUGUGUGCCUCAAGCAGAAUUGUUGCAAACAGGACAAUGUUGGUGAAGCUGUUCAACACUCGAUUGAUUGUGGUGGAGGCACCGGAAUUUAUCUCGUCGUCACGUCGACUUAUAUUAUUGUUAUCAGGGGACAGAGGGCUUGCUUGUGGGGCUCACUUUAUUUGGAUGAGUUCGGAGAGGAGGAUAAGGAUCUCAAACGUGGAAAGCCUCUUUUCCUCAGCCAAGAGAGAUAUCAACUUCUCGAGCAACAGUGGCUGGCGCAUCGAUUUGAUCACACGAAGAAAACAUGGGUAUGGCACCGUGAUGCACUGUGACCACCGGCAGGCGUCAGAAACCCCUUCUUCCGCCUUCGCAGACGAUGAAAGAAAAAAUAACGAAUUACUUAAAACACAUGUUGGAAAUAAAGAAAUCAUCUCCCAUUAAUAAGAGACAAGAUGAGAAAUAAAAAUCGUCAUUUCCACCUUAAGAAUAUAAUUCCCACUACGAGAUUAAUCAACUUGGCGCAUGUAUGAUAAAUAUAUUUAUUUAAAAUUGAGAUAUGAAAUAUAUAUAGAAUUAUUAAUUAUUUACGGAUUGAAAGUAUUAAUAAAAUGAGUGUUGAAAGGGUAAACCUACGUUAACGAGAACAAAUGAUGAAUUAUUUUUACUCAUCCGAUGUUUCAAGUAAGUCGAGGAGAGGCGUGAUAAUGGGAGUGAAGAUGGAUUUAAUAUUAUAUGUAUAUUCCGAUAUUAACAAUCUAUUAUCUUUUUUUUUGUGAUUUCAUGCUUACUAUUGACUGUCUCCCGCUCAUGAACAGGAGAAUGAUUAAUUAAUUUGUAACUCAAGGAUCAAAUGUAACACGAUGUCACACUUAAUGAUUUAUUUGGUGGGCUAUUCAUCACUGGUGGAUCUGUAAAUAUGUAUCGAUAUUUUCAAGUCACGCGUACUGGAUAAACUCGAAAUCAGGAUAUUUUUACGAGUUACUUUUUGUUGCUUCGAUUGGUAUGCGAUGAUUGGGGAAUGAAUGAAUUUAUGAAUACAUGAAAAUUUUUAGAUUAGCUAUGAAGAUUAAUAAAAAUAUGACUAUGGUAAA